CUCUAACUCAUUUAAAAAAAAAAUUAGUUUUUUAAUUAAUUUUUAGAUACACACGUCCUCUUUAAAAACCCUACACCGUCACUGCUGCUGAAGCCAGUAGCGAAACGCCGCAGCUGGUGGACUCAGUGGCCGAAGCCCUAUCCUAAACCAGAGUUGCAGGAUGAGCUUGAUUUGAGCAAAGAAAGAGCAUAGCUUUUUGUACUUUUAAUGGCGGUUUCAUCCUUGCGCUGCAUUCAAUCUCUUGGGUUUUCAUCAAGAGGACGUGCCUUCUUCCCUGUUGGUGAUUGCAGCCGAGCCAAUGCCAGGAAGAGCAUGAACUGUCGUUUGGUUUUUGCUUCUGCGAAGAAUUCUGAUAGAGAUCUGUGUGUCGAAUCCAAGGUUGAGACAUUGUUAGACAGUGUAAAAUGGGACGACAAAGGUUUGGCAGUGGCUAUAGCUCAAAAUAUUGACACAGGAGCCAUAUUAAUGCAAGGCUUUGUGAACAGGGAUGCAUUAGCUACAACCAUUUCCUCUCGAAAGGCAACAUUUUACAGUCGGUCACGUUCGUCUUUGUGGACAAAGGGAGAAACCUCCAAGAAUUUCAUCAAUGUCCAUGACAUCUUUCUUGAUUGUGAUCGUGACUCUAUAAUUUACCUUGGGAAACCUGAUGGGCCUACCUGCCACACAGGGUCAGAAACUUGCUAUUAUACAUCAGUUAAUGAUUUUCUAGAACAUAAGCAGAUUGAGGGCAGUAGACAGGCAUUGACAACUUUGUAUUCAUUAGAGUCCACAAUUUCCCAGCGCAAAGCAGAAUUAGCAGUGCCACAACAUGUAAAGCCCUCGUGGACUAAACGAUUGCUACUCGAUAGCAAAUUCCUUUGCUCAAAAAUCAGGGAAGAGGCAGAUGAGCUAUGCAGAACAAUAGAGGAGAAUGAGCACGGCACACGUACCGCAUCAGAGAUGGGAGAUGUGCUAUACCAUGCUAUGGUUCUGCUGGCACUUAAAGAUGUGAAAGUAGAAGAUGUGCUAGAUGUUCUUCGACAUAGAUUUUCUCAAUCGGGUAUUGAGGAGAAGAGAAGUCGCGGACAACAAAACGAGGCAUGAAUCUGCGAUGGAGGAGGAUGGAUCUUGGAUGUGGUUUCAAACACUUUGCCCAUGCACUUGAAGAUAUCACAACCACAUCCCUCAGCGCAUUUUGACAGGUUCGACUCUUCACUUGUUGCACUUUUGACAACACAUUGGACAACAUUUUGCCCACAGCUUGCCAAGCAUUGUUCCACUGAAUCGUCACCGUGAACCUGUGCUGCUCUGUAGAGUAUCAGCAGCAGCAGCAUUGCAGGAAUAUGAAUAUGCAUUCGUGAUUUGGUCUGUGAAUCCAUUCUGGUUCUGGUGUGAUGGUUGUCAAUUUAUGUUUGAAGAGUUCUGCUCUUGGAGGAGGGAUGACUGUUAUUGGACUUUAGCAGCACGGCAAAAUAAACUUAAAAAAAUAAUAAUAAAUGACUUAUUUAUUCAUAGAAAA